UUUCCUUCACCCCUCCCUCCUUCUGGGAGUCUCAUUCUCCUUCUGGCCCAUCUCGGUGCGUGCGGAGCGCCCCAGCACCUCGCUAGUCUUCUCCUCGAGCACGACUGGAUUCCAGUAGCGCAAGCGCCGCCGCCGGUUGAUCUCCCCUUCGGUUCUAUCGGUCCAAAAUUGAGAUCUGUCGCUCCCGAAUUGAGACCCAAGGUAGACAAAAAUUCUUGGUCAAAAAUUCUCUUUUCGUUAAAAAUCAAGGUAGGGCGGCCGCCCUUCCUUGCCCUACUGGGUCCUCCGCCCGUGGAUCUCGCGAGCUUCGUCCUGCUUCCGUGGAUCUCGCGAGCUUUCGUGUGAAGGAGGCAGGUACUGGUUCAAUAUCUGGUGCCCCCAGGGAUGCUCUGUAGCACACCAAUUUUGCGUCUCCGAUAAGCAACUCUUGGUCUUUGGACUUGCGAUUUAGUUCUUGACAAAUCUAAUUUCGGCUGCCCCGGAGAGAUGGCGUCGAGCACCAGUGAGGUUCCUGAGGGAAAAAGUAAGCUGAAGAAGUCCGGGAGCUUGGGAAGCAGCGAUACGUAUGUGCGCGCGGACAAGAUUGAUCUCACUAGCCUUGACAUCCAACUAGAGCAGCAGCUCACCAAGAAAUGGGGCAAGGCCAAUCUCAAGUCCCAGGGACCCAAGGCGGACUGGGAAAUUGACCUCGCUAAGUUGGAGAUCCGGUAUGUAAUCGCUCAGGGGACAUAUGGAACAGUUUACCGUGGCACAUACGAUGGCCAAGAUGUUGCAGUGAAGCUAUUGGAUUGGGGAGAAGAUGGUUUUGCCACAGAAGCCGAAACUGCUGCUUUGCGAACAUCAUUUAAGCAGGAAGUUGCUGUCUGGCAUAAGCUCAGCCAUCCAAAUGUUACAAAGUUUGUUGGUGCAUCUAUGGGGACCGCUGACCUUAAGAUUCCAGCCAAUGAUAGUGGUGCGCGUGCCAACUUGCCGGCUAGAGCAUGUUGUGUUGUGGUAGAAUAUCUUGCUGGAGGUACUUUGAAGCAGUAUCUGAUAAAGAACAGACGGCGAAAGCUUGCAUACAAAGUUGUAGUUCAGCUUGCAUUGGAUCUGUCCAGAGGAUUGAGCUAUCUACACUCCAGAAAGAUUGUACAUCGCGAUGUGAAAACGGAAAACAUGCUACUUGAUACACAGCGAAACCUUAAGAUUGCUGAUUUUGGUGUUGCUCGUGUUGAGGCUCAGAAUCCCAAGGAUAUGACUGGUGCCACAGGCACACUUGGUUAUAUGGCCCCAGAGGUUCUUGAUGGUAAACCGUACAACAGAAAAUGUGAUGUUUACAGUUUUGGCAUUUGUCUGUGGGAAAUCUAUUGCUGUGACAUGCCAUACCCAGACCUUAGUUUCGCUGACGUCUCAUCUGCUGUUGUUCAUCAGAAUUUGCGGCCAGACGUACCACGUUGCUGUCCCAGUGCGUUUGCAAAUAUUAUGCGUAAAUGCUGGGAUGCAAAUCCUGAUAAACGUCCUGAUAUGGACGAGGUGGUGCAGCUUAUGGAGGCUCUUGACACAAGCAAAGGUGGUGGUAUGAUACCAGAUGGUCAAUCAUCCGGAUGUUUAUGUUUCACCAGGGCUCGUGGCCCGUAGAUUCUUUUCACGGUGCUCUCUUCCCUUGUGACGUUUUGCCCAUCGACAUGACUGGGAGCUCAAUAGCAUGCUUCCCAUUGUCACUUGUGCUGUUGCUGCUUGCAGUCCUCUAUGGUAUCCUUGCCAUCUUUACGUUGUUCCUUGCAGCCCUCUGUGUUCGUCAUACUUCCUAUAGCAGUCUGGUGUUGUAAUAGAAAUUGGUGGGUGCAUACGCACCUGUUGUAUUUUUACAACUGAGGUCACAAAGGCCUCACAUUCUUGAAACUGCUGCUGCCUUUCUAGGUCUAUUUGGCGGCAUUGUUUGAUAUGUCUUCUGGUUUUCGCUGUGUAUACCUGAAACGAGUGCAAUAAAGGGCAUAAAGAUACUGGUGUUCAGCAGAUGUCA